GUGCACUGCUUGCAGUUUUUAAUAUAUGAGGUGGUUUCUGGUGGGAACCUUAGGAGGCCUGGUGGGCUUUUUGGCAACAGUGCUUCAGAAAUUCCUGUUAAUGAUUUAAAACAACUGGAGACAUUUUUCUACAAGCUUGGUUUUUUCCUUCAUAUUCUGGACUAUACAGUCACUGUUGCAACAUUGACAGACCUUGGUUUCUUAUGGUUUCGGGAAUUUUAUUUAGAGUCUUCUCGAGUCAUUCAGUUUCCAAUUGAGUUCUCUCUUCCCUGGAUGUUGGUGGAUUGUGUACUUGAGUCACCAAAUUGUGGGCUUCUGGAGAGUGUUCUGAUGCCAUUUGACGUCUAUAAUGAUUCAGCACAGCAAGCACUAGUCGUGCUGAAGCAACGGUUCCUCUAUGAUGAAAUUGAAGCUGAGGUGGACCAUUGUUUUGAUAUAUUUGUUUCAAGAUUAUGUGAAACUAUUUUCACAUAUCAUAAAAGCUGGGCAGCAAGUGAAUUACUAGAUCCUUCUUUCCUCUUCGCCUCAGACAAUGCUGAAAGGUAUUCUGUCCAGCCUAUGAGGUUCAAUAUGCUGCUGAAGAUGACUAAAGUCAAGCUACUUGGGAGGACUAUCAAUCUGCGAAGUUUGAUUGUUGAAAGGAUGAACAAGGUUUUCCGUGAAAAUCUGGAGUUCCUUUUUGAUCGUUUUGAGUGUCAGGACCUGUGUGCCAUAGUGGAGCUAGAGAUGUUAUUGGAUGUCUUAAAACAUGCCCAUGAAUUACUGUCUAGAGAUCUUUCCGUAGAUUCCUUCAGUCUCAUGUUGAAUGAGAUGCAAGAGAACAUUUCUCUCGUGUCCUUUUCUAGCCGACUGGCCUCUCAGAUUUGGUCAGAGAUGCAAAGUGAUUUUUUGCCCAAUUUCGUUCUUUGCAAUACCACUCAACGUUUUAUCAGAUCAGCAAAGGUUAUUCCUCUACAAAAGCCAUCUAUACCCUCUGCCAAGCCUAACUUCUAUUGCGGCACUCAAGAUUUGAACUCUGCUCAUCAAAGUUUUGCACGACUGCAUAGUGGAUUUUUUGGAAUACCUCACACGUUUUCGAUUGUUCGACUUCUAGGAUCUAGAUCAUUACCAUGGCUUAUUCGAGCUCUUCUAGAUCACAUAUCCAACAAGAUAACUAUGAUUGAACCAAUGAUCACUGGAUUGCAAGAAUCAUUGCCGAAAACUAUUGGACUUCUGCCUUUUGAUGGAGGUGUGACAGCUUGUGUGAGACUCGUUAAAGAACAUCUUAACUGGGGGACAAAGGCUGAGCUGAAAACAGAAGUUCUCCGUGGGAUUAAAGAGAUUGGAAGUGUACUAUACUGGAUGGGACUUCUAGAUAUUGUGUUGAGAGAAACAGAUACAAUGCACUUCAUGCAAACUGCUUCUUGGUUGGGCUUGGUUCCUGGUGCAGACGGACAAGUAUCAAAUGCUCAUGAUGGUGGAGACAGUCCUGUUGUUAGUCUCUUUAAAUCGACAACUGCUGCUAUGGUGUCAACCCUUGGAUGCCCAAAUCCUAAUUCUUUCCACAUCAUGGCAAAACAGGCUGAAGCUGCAGAUCUUUUAUACAAGGCUAACUUGAAUACUGGAAGUGUGCUGGAGUAUGCCCUUGCUUUCACAAGUGCUGCUUUAGAUAAAUAUUGUAGUAAAUGGAGUGCUGUACCCAAGACAGGCUUCAUUGACAUUACAACCACUAAAGAUUUCUACCGUAUAUAUAGUGGUCUCCAAAUCGGAUAUUUAGAAGCAUCUGUCCAAGUACCAGCAAAUAGUUACGAAGGGCUGGGUGAUUCGGUGGCUUGGGGUGGUUGCACCAUAAUAUAUUUGCUUGGGCAACAGCUGCAUUUUGAGCUCUUUGACUUCUCAUAUCAGAUCCUCAAUAUUGCAGAAGUAGAGGCUGCAUCUGUGGUUCAAACAAAUAAGAACGCGCAUUUUCUUGUUCAGGGAUGGGAUGCAUUACUGGAAGCAAUGAAGAAAGCAAGGAGAUUAAACAACCAUGUAUUCUCUAUGCUGAAAGCACGCUGCCCCUUGGAAGAAAAGACAGCUUGUGCUAUCAAGCAAAGUGGUGCUCCGCUCCAUAGAAUUAAAUUUGAGAACACAGUUUCUGCAUUUGAAACCUUGCCACAGAAGGGGGCCUGAACUAGUGCUGUGCUUCUCCCCAGUUCCCUGACGGUCUUACUGUCUGAGAAAUUUGAUGUAACUUUGUACCGUGUCUGUAUAUGUGUUCUACUGUUUAAUUGUAUGUAAUUGCAUCAUAAUUCACGAACACUUGCUCCCGUUCAGAUGACGAAACGGGAGGGCGUUUGUUGGUGACUGGAUGAGCCGUCGUUGCCAAAGACUUGAACAUCAAUCUAAACCACACUGCCUUGAGAAUGCAUUUGAAA